CUAUCUUUAUCCAACACCCUUGCCUGUGCUCGUUUCAAGCGUGCUUCUUCCAGACGCCUCUUUCGCUUAUGAGCCCGGUCAAGAGCCAAGAGGCUUAGUGUGCCGGGACAGUUCCCGGUAUUCCAGAAGUUGCGAAGUGCAAUAUGAUACGUCAGGUAGAACUUCACGCAAGGUCUGGCAUCUUGUGGAAACGACCUGAACCGACUCUCCACUACUCCGACCAUCACUCUUGCAAACCGCUCCACCAGCACUACCCCUACAGCCCUAAGCAACACGAGCAGCGCUCUCCAUUCUCAACUUCCGACCAACAACACUUUACAAUGGAUUCCGCCAAGGGCCAGUUCCGCGGCGUCGACCGUCUCAAUGCGACCACCAUGGUUCCCUCCAGGGACGUCGUCGCCCGAAAGCAAUCUCUGAUUGUGGCUGCCACCAUGGGAGGCUUCAUCUUCGCGGUCAUCAUCACCGUCGUGGUCUUCAUGGUCUUGACGUACAGGGCCCAUAGACCCCGCCGCAAUAUGGAGAUAGUCACCCGUCUCCCGGCCCGAACCACCGCAUCGGAUACCAACGCCAACGUCUAAGUGGGUGCAUUGUCGCUGCGGUGGAUGCGGAUGUUACCUGCUUGGAUUACAUCGAGAUCAGGAAUCUCUGGGUUGUGGGGUCAACAGGAAAACGGGUGGGCGCACCAAGGCGGCAGAGACACAAUAUUUCCUUCUUCGGGUGUGUGUUUUAGUUGAUUGGUUUACUUCAUCCAUGGAAAUGUACGGAUAUCCCUGGUGGAUUUCAUGGCGAUUUCACGCCCCACCACGACGCCGUCCACAACUCCAAAGUCAUGGACGCA